CCUCGUCGAGCGCGCCGCGACGAUGGGCGAGGAAUCCCCCCCCGCGGCGGCGGACUCCCCCCCGCGCGAGAAGGAGGACAGCGCGUCGUUCAAACGCGCGUGGGCGGGCGCUCGCGACGCCGCGACGUCGUGUCGAUGCGCGCACCUGUGCCUCGCGUCGCACGCGAACGUGAGCCGAGCGCUCGUGGACGCGAUCGCGAAGGCCGCGGUGUUCCAGACCGCGGGGAAACCGUUCGGGGACGCGAACGAUCUCGUCGCGAAGCUCGCGACCGAUCUCGUCGCGAAGCUCAUGAAGUUCGCGGACGACGCGGAGAACGGGAAGAGCGGCCUCGCGCCGAACCUCGCGGAUCUGGCCGCGUGGAUCAAUGAGUGGGUGACGGGAAAGCGCAGCUUCUUCGGCGAGUUCGGCGCGAUGUGGUCCAAGGAGAAGCAAACCGAGGCGGUCGAGCGCGUCCGACAGGACGUCGCCAGAGGCGAGUGCUGGCCCGCGGCGGACCGCGAGCGCGUGUCGCGCGAGCUCCUCCUUCGAUACGACCGCGGGAAAGUCGCGCACUGCGAAGAGGCGUUCGCCACCGAAGACGAGCUCUUCGAGCACAAGAAGAAGUGCGCGUUUCGUCCGACGCAGUGCCCGAACGAGGGAUGCAUGGAGGUCCACGGCGCGAACGUCGCGGCUGCGCACGACGCGCAGUGCCCGCACAAGAUCGUGAAGUGUCCGAACGCGUGCGACUCGACGAACGUGACGCGUCGCGCGCUAAAGAUGCACGUGGAUCUCGAGUGCCCGCGGCGGCCGGUGACGUGCCCGUUCGCGCCGUUCGGAUGCGCCUCGCACGUGUACGCGGGGACGUUGCGGGCGCACAUGAAGGAACACGCGCACGACCACGUCGCGGAUCUCGCGAAGAGGGUGGGGCGGAUGUCGGACGCCGCAGAGAAGACGGAGGCGAAGGUGGCGGAGAUGGCCGUCGCGCUCGCGGACGUUGGGCCCAACUUGGGGAAGGUUGGGAACCUCUCCAAGGAGCUGUUCGACACGACCGCGAAGGCGACGAUCGUGGAGAAAGGGUUGCUGGACCUGGAGAAGCUCGUCGUGUCCAUGGGGAAGGCGCUCGCGAACCUCGAGGUGCAGGUGAAGCAGCAGCGGAAAGAUAUCGGGAUAGUGAUGACGGCGGUGGAUCGCGUCGCGAAGGAGACCGCGGGGAACAGCGCGGCGAUCGCGAAGUUAGCGAGUCCGGACGCGGCGGCGGGCUCGAACGGGAAGAAGUGAGGCGCAGCGAGCGACAUGCCGACGACCGGGAGAGCGAGUAGCGGAGCCGUGAACUGAGAACAAGCUAACGAAAACAGCACUGGCGCGCCGAGGAACUGAAUGACGAAACCCGAGUACUGAUGAAGAAGUGCCCACCGCUUCCCCACGACGUGUCACUCCGCGGCGCGCGGCGUCGACGUCGACGACCACGACGCGCGGUCGCUCCGUUGCGGCGUUCCCCUCCCUCGCGCCCGCGCGUCGCGACGACGCGCAUGCGGUCGCUGACGACGCCGUCGUCGCUUCGGUUUAUCGCGACCGCGACGACGAACGCGAUCGAGUCCCGCGCGCGAUGGCGCUGGCACCACGUCCCUCGGCGUCGCGGUCCCGAGCCGCGCGCCGUCGCCGCGCGCGGGACGCACCGCACGGCUGCGUCCCUCGCCGCCGCGGAC